CAGGCGAGUCUGUUUCCGGCCGGAGGUGUGAGUGUCGCACCCCACAAAAAGCGAGGACCGACACAGUCCAUUGUGUAAAGUUGUUGCGUUCGGUUCUUUUUCGUUUAAUUUUAUAAAGGUUUUAUGUGCAGUUAGAUUUAACAGUCUGUUGUUAAAUCAUCGACGCCCGUUUUUAAGGACAAACAUUUUUUAUUUACAAUUAAAGCCAUGGCAUCAGACUCGUGGGCUCAGGCCGUCGAUGAACAAGAAGCUGCGGCGGAGUCGAUAGGCAGCUUGCAAAUAAAUGAAAAAGAUGACCAGCUGAAAGCUGCAGCAAAUGGUGCAAAGACUGAAGGCAACGCAGAGAAAACGGAGGAUGAGGAUAAAGAUGACAAGGCGGCACAGUCUCUGCUGAACAAACUGAUCCGCAGUAAUCUGGUGGACACGAGCAGUCAAGUGGAGGUCCUUCAGAGGGACCCGAGCUCUCCGCUGUACUCCGUCAAGUCAUUCGAGGAGCUGCGACUGAAGCCUCCGCUGCUGCAGGGAGUGUAUGCCAUGGGUUUCAACAGGCCCUCUAAAAUCCAGGAGACCGCAUUGCCCAUGAUGCUCGCAGAACCUCCACAGAAUCUGAUCGCUCAGUCUCAGUCAGGCACGGGUAAAACCGCUGCUUUUGUGCUGGCCAUGUUGAGUCACGUGGACCCUGAAAACAAAUGGCCUCAGUGUCUGUGUGUGUCCCCCACAUACGAGCUCGCCCUCCAGACAGGCAAGGUCAUCGAGCAGAUGGGCAAAUUCUACCCUGAAGUCCAACUGGUGUAUGCCAUCAGAGGAAACAAAUUGGAGCGGGGGACGCGGUUACAGGAACAGAUCGUGAUCGGCACUCCUGGUACUGUCAUGGAUUGGUGCCAGAAGCUUAAAUUCAUCGACCCCAGGAAGAUCAAGGUGUUCGUCCUGGAUGAAGCGGAUGUCAUGAUCGCCACACAGGGCCAUCAAGACCAGAGCAUUCGGAUCCAGAGGAUGCUUCCUAAAACUUGCCAGAUGCUGUUGUUCUCGGCCACAUUUGAAGACACCGUGUGGAACUUCGCAAAGCGGAUCGUUCCCGACCCCAACAUCAUUAAACUGAAGCGCGAGGAGGAAACCCUGGACACCAUCAAGCAGUACUACGUCAUCUGCAACAGCAAGGAGGAGAAAUUCCAGGCUUUGUGCAACAUUUAUGGAGCCAUUACUAUCGCACAGGCUAUGAUCUUCUGCCACACCAGGAAAACCGCGGGGUGGCUGGCAGGAGAGCUGUCCAGAGAAGGCCACCAGGUGGCGCUCCUCAGUGGAGAGAUGCAGGUGGAACAGAGGGCAGCGGUCAUCGAACGUUUCCGUGAUGGCAAGGAGAAAGUUCUGGUUACCACUAAUGUCUGUGCUAGAGGUAUUGAUGUGGAGCAAGUUUCAGUCGUUAUCAACUUUGAUCUGCCAGUGGACAAGGAUGGAAACCCUGACAAUGAGACGUAUUUGCAUAGAAUCGGGCGUACUGGGCGAUUCGGCAAGAGGGGGUUGGCCAUCAACAUGGUGGACAGCAGGUUUAGCAUGAACAUCCUCAACCGCAUCCAGGAGCACUUCAAUAAGAAAAUCGAGAAGCUGGACACCGAUGAUUUGGAUGAAAUUGAGAAAAUCGCCAACUGAGCGGCUGUCUUCGUUCUUCUAAUAGGACCGUGCUCGCGCUAGGUUUUAGAUCAGAGGCUGGAAGCAGAGCUGUGCCGGAGAGGAUGUUUACAUGUGGAGCAGUUUUAUCUCAGAUGGAGUUUUUAUAGGUUUUCCUUAAACGCAUUUCACUCUUUGUACUUCUUAAUAAAUUUUGAAUGUCUUAACGUCACGCGUAUGAGAAUGCUACAAGAGGAGUCUGGGAUAGUGGCACGAGGAAUGUGCCUUUCGAUAUAUCAAUUUUAUCAUGAACAGUAUGAAUAGAUUUUAACAGCCUGCAUUCAAGCAAAGUGUGUGGAAAAAAAUGACAUUGACUGUUCUAUUGAUUUCUAGCAUGGGACUCCAAACCAAGGACUCGUAUUGUCGUAAUUGCUGAGAGAUUCGAUUUUUGUGGAACGAGCUGAAUUUUUGAGCACUUGUGUUCAAAGUGCUACGUUUCAUGAAAAAUAAGCAAGUUUAUGAAAUCUAGGUGCAGCUGCAUUUGAUUUUGUGCGUCCCUCCAAACGAGGAGUCAAAAUGCAGGAUUAAUUUCAUAUAAUGAGAGAUUGUUCUUAUUGUGUUCUUCAUUAAUACUCGAUACCUCAUGACAUUGCUAUAGAAGGGAUGCUGGCAGUAAUUGGCUUGGAAUUAAAUCGAAACCAUUGCCAAAGUCUUUUUUAAUGGUAUAAAAUUAUGCAAAAGCCAAAGAUUUGUGCCUCCAUUGGAUUCUCCAGUAUUUAACAUGGAAUAACACAAACGUAUCUUUCAUCAUGUACUAAUGUCGUCAUACAUAUUUAAUAAGUACAAAGAGUAAAAACUGUUGUUGUAUUAAACUGAUGGGUCACAGCAUUCGUUGAAGGGUGCUCUGGAGCGGAAGUAUUAUUUGUGUUAGUAGUAACCGAUUGCACUGUAUUGGAAAUGAUCAGGUUCAAGUGCAUGAAUACACCGCAGAAGGCUGUGCCACAUUCCCAUUCGCAGCUGCCUUAAAUAUGUAAAAGGCAGAUGCGAAAGCGUCCUCUACAAUCUCACUGUAUUCUUCAGGGUAGCUUUAGCAAAUGAUUAUUUCAUAUUACAGGAUGUUUUAUUUGAACCACUCAAAACGACACUGCACUUGGCUCUUUUACUUAUGCAUUGGAGUAGACAUAUAUUUUAUUAGGUAUGCGAGUAGUGAGGCUGGGGUAAAGUGUGUCAGUCGCUUCUUUGAAGGGAAGACUUUUUUUGAUAAAGAAUUAUAAGAUUGAAUAUAUAUCUCCUGUUGCCUUGUCCAUUUUCACAGUUUGGUUCAAGCUGUCAGUCAUACCUGUUAAAACGAUAUUAAAUAGAGGGUUUUCUUUUUUUUUUGCCUUUUUUUUUUUUUUUCUUGCAAAGAAAAUGUAUGAUUAAACUGAAGGACUGUUUAGAAACCAUCACUUUAUCUAGUGUCGCAUCAGGUAAUAAAUGGACUUGUCUAUUAUCAAACACA